AUGGGGAAAUCUGGGGGGAAGAAGAAGAAGGGAAGCGGUGCCGGCAGUAAUCAUGCUAACGCCAAUUCAACAGUUACCGCCACGGGUAAUGGUGUUGUGGGACACGGCAAUGGUGGUGGUGGGAUUGAACUGGACUCCUCAAUUCUUUUGAAGAAAGCCCAUGAGCUGAAAGAGGAAGGAAAUAAGAGGUUCCAGAACAAAGAUUAUGUGGGUGCCUUAGAACAGUAUGAGAGUGCUCUUCGCUUGACCCCCAAAUCCCACCCUGAACGUGCUGUGUUUCACAGCAACAGGGCUGCUUGUUUGAUGCAAAUGAAGCCUAUUGACUACGACUCAGUCAUUGCAGAGUGCUCCAUGGCCAUCCAGGUCCAACCUCGCUUCAUCAGGGCUCUUCUCAGAAGGGCCCGUGCUUUUGAGGCUGUUGGCAAGUUUGAAAUGGCUAUGCAGGAUGUUCAGGUGUUGUUGGAUGCAGACUCCAAUCACCGAGAUGCUUUAGAAAUUGCUCGCAGGUUGAGGACUGAAUUGGGGCAGCGACAGGAGGCUCAGCAGGACCUCCAUAGCCGCCCAUCCCCUGCUGCUCUUGGAGCUUCUGCAGUUCGUGGUGCCCCCAUUGCAGGCCUGGGACCAUGUUUGCCUGCUCGUCCCAUGUCGAAGAAGGGACUAACAGCUCCAGUUGCACCAUCUGUGUCACCAGGCAACAAAUCUGAAAAGCAACAAGUGACAGCAGCAGCUGUGACUGAAAAUGGUCAGGAGAGUAAAACGCAGCAGCAACCAAAACUUGUCUUGAACCCUUCAACUGGUUCCGCAAAAGUGACUGCUGAUUCAGGUAAGGAUUCCCGUGCACAGCAACCGUCAUUAUCUUCCUCAUCAAGAUCAAUGCUUUCACGUGCACAGGGAUCAGAGGUCGCAGUUAGGUGGAGGCCGGUGAAACUUGUCUAUGACCAUGACAUAAGGCUUGUGCAGAUGCCUGUCAAUUGUUCCUUCAAGGCAUUAAGGGAGAUUGUAAGCAACCGUUUGCCAUUCUCAAAGUCAGUUCUGAUCAAGUACAAAGAUAACGAUGGGGACUUAAUUACUGUCACGUCGACAUCUGAGCUCAAGUCAGCAGAAUCAGCUGCAGACAGUCUUCUGACCAAGAAUGGUGAUCCAGAGAUGGUGCAUUCCGUUGGGAUGUUGAGGUUGCAUAUCGUUGAAGUUUCACCUGAGCAAGAGCCAUCUUUACCAGAAGAGGAGGAGAAGCUUGUUGAGAGCGAAGGUAAUAAGGGGGAUGAAAUCAUAACUCACUCAUCACUCAGCGAAGAAUCUGUAUUGGAGGCACCUGAUAGUGAAAUGGAUAAUAACAAUGAGAAAGAAGCUCCAAAGGAGAAAGCAGGAAUUGCAGAGGAUCCAGAGAGCAGCAAGGAAAUAGAAAUGGAUGACUGGCUGUUUGACUUUGCUCAGCUCUUCCGCACUCACGUUGGCAUUGACCCUGAUGCACAUGUUGAUUUGCAUGAAUUUGGGAUGGAGCUAUGCACAGAGGCUCUCGAGGAGACGGUGACAAGUGAGGAAGCUCAAUCUCUGUUUGACAAAGCUGCCCAAAAGUUCCAGGAGGUGGCUGCCUUGGCAUUCUUCAACUGGGGCAAUGUCCACAUGUGUGCUGCUAGGAAACGGAUUCCCUUGGAUGAGUCUUCUGCUGGAGAAGACGUGGUGGCUACUCAGCUUCAGACGGCUUAUGACUGGGUGAAGGAGAAAUAUUGUUCAGCAAGGCAGAAAUAUGAGGAAGCAUUGGUGAUCAAGCCAGACUUUUAUGAAGGUCUGCUUGCCCUGGGGCAACAACAGUUUGAAAUGGCUAAGCUCCACUGGUCUUUUGCACUUGCCAAGAAAAUGGAUCUCUCUGGCUGGGACUCGAUGGAGACACUUGAGCUGUUCGAUAGUGCAGAGCAGAAGAUGAAAGCAGCCACUGAAAUGUGGGAAAAGAUGGAGGAACAGAGAGCGAAGGAGCUAAAGGAUCCAACUUCAAGCAAGAAAGAGGAAUGGUUGAGAAAGAAAAAGAAACACGGAAGCAACACCGCUGAAGGUGAGGCUGUUGUGGUGAAUGGUGGCGGUGGUCAUGGUGAGCUGACACCAGAAGAAGCAGCUGAGCAAGCCGCAGUGAUGAGAUCACAGAUACAUCUCUUCUGGGGCAACAUGCUUUUCGAGCGGUCUCAAGUUGAAUGCAAGCUAGGGACCGGUGAUUGGAGGAAAAACCUGGAUGCAGCAGUGGAGCGAUUCAGGCUGGCUGGUGCUUCAGAAGCUGACAUUGCAAUGGUUUUGAAGAAUCACUACUCAAAUGAAGGUCCAAAGGAGGGGGAAGAGAAGAAGGCGGAGAACCCCAAUGGUUUCAUUACGGCCGCCAAAGUGGAGGUUGCGAAUGAAGAUGUGAAAGAAUGA